ACUUGUCAAAGGCCGAGAUGCCCAGCCUGCGGAGAUGCUGGUGGCCGCCCCUCCUCCUCCUGUGCCUGUGGGCGGAGAUGGGCGGUGUGUGGGUGGCACCCUCCCCCCUGGACCACUCCACGCCGACGCCCGACCUCUUGGCACUCACGCAGGAUUUCUGGCACUGGAAGACCCAGGAUUAUCCGCAGUUCGCGACGCAGGUGGGGAUUAACGACAACGCAGCUGGUCGCCUGGACAGCCUGAACGAAGAACAUUUUCUACAACGAAAGGCCAAGUGUGAAACAUUUCUGGAAAGAGCAGAAGGAAUUGACCCGGAAUCGCUGUCGGAAAAUGACUUCAUUAACCUCGAGAUGUUCAAAGAGGAGGUCAGGACAUACAUCGAUAACUUUGAUUACCUGAAGUUCUUCACCCCAAUCACCUUCCUGGGAGGACCACAGCUCGGCUUCAAGUUUAUGGUCGAGAAGCAAAUGGUUCUGCAAAAUUACAACGAUUACCAAAAGCUGUUGGCCAGGUAUGGAGAAUUCCCGCGCCAGACGAACGAAAUUCUGGAUAUCAUGCAGAAGAAUAUCGACUCUGGUCUCAUGCCGGCUAAUUGGUCUAUGUUCAUUGUGAUCAAAGGUUCUGAGAUUUGUUCAAUUAUGCUUCCAGGAGAUAGGACAUGUGUAGAAAAAAAAUAUAUAUCAGUAUUUGUUGAUUAUAUUGUCAUUAUAUACUUCCUCACCCUACUCAUCUCCUUACUUACUCCCCCUCCCCUAACUCGCUCCCCUGACUCACCACCCCCUUCCCUACAGGAGCACUACAUCCCAGCGACACGACCUGAAGUAGCCGCGUCGUCACUACCCGGCGGAGAGGACUACUACCUGGCCUGUCUCAAGUUCCACACGACCACGCAGCUCACGCCCCAAGAGAUACACAGCUUGGGUCUCUCGGAGAUUAAGAGGAUCGAGGAAGAGGUCAAUAAGACCGCCCAGGAGAUGGGUCUCGAGGGCCACACUGCAGCCGAGGUCUUCCAGAUUCUCAAGGAGGACCCAGACCAGCGUUUCAGCAGCAAGGACGAGCUUCUCAACACCUACAGACAGAGAAUUUAUGGCGACAUCUAUCCCUUGGUUCACCAGCUUUUCGACACAGUGCCUGAAGUUAAUGUGACGGUCGAGGGAGUCGACGAACCCAACGCUGUCUAUGCCUAUUACGCAGAGCCAUCCAUGGAUGGGUCUCGCCUGGGCACCUUCUUCUUAAACUCGUAUAUUUAUGAUAAGCAUAAGAAAUACGAGGUCACGGCCCUCGCCCUUCACGAGGCCAUCCCAGGUCACCACUUCCACUCCGCCUACACGAGGAUGAACCCUGCCACGCCCGAUUUUCGGAAAUACAUCGACGGCACGAGAAUGGGCGACGUUCCAGCGAAGUUUCCCCUGCACACCGUUUUCGUCGAGGGCUGGGGUCUCUACGCCGAGCUGCUGGGAGAGGAAUUGGGUCUCUAUGCCGACUCGUACCAGAGACUAGGCCGCUAUUCCUUCGAGCUGCUUCGCGCGAGCAGGCUUGUGGUCGACACCGGGAUCCAUGCCCUCGGCUGGUCACGUGACAGGGCGGUCAAGUUCAUGCUGGAACGCACGGGCAUGUCUGAAACCGCGAUUCAGAUCGAAGUGAACCGCUACAUCACCUGGCCGGGCCAAGCGUGCUCUUACAAAAUCGGCGAAAUUAAAAUAAAAGAGCUGCGGCAAAAGGCUCAGAAUGCUCUGGGAAAUCUGUUCCGAUUGCAAGAUUUCCACGGCGUGUUGCUGCAGUGCACAGGUCCCUUGAACAUCCUGGAACAGUGCGUGAACAACUAUAUAGAGAGGACGAUACCGACCAUGACGAAGCCGAAGAAAACGGGAAUGGGGACGACGAAGAAAACGGAGUUGGAGAAAACGGAGAUAGCUCUAGUCCGGGUGUUACGGAAAACGGUGAUGUGGGAGACUCAACUAAUUCAGAGAACGCUGGGGCCUCUUUGAAAUGCGAUGGAUAUCUUGCUGUGAUUUUGUCUGCGUCUAUAUUGCGCGUAUUGUAUUUAUUUAGAUAGUCAUAUUUUUGUUGCUGUGUAUCAUGUAUCCAAACCUUAUGUAUACGUUUAUUCACUGUAUGUGUGUUCUGUAUAUCACUUUUUCUGUUGUGUUUGUACAUUUGUCUCUCGUCCAACUUGUAGCUAAUCACAUCAUAGUCAUGUAUUGUAAAAUAUUCCUUUCAGAUAUAUGCAAAUAUAUAUGUACGAAGUAAAA